AGCACUGACUGAGCCCCCUCAAGAACUCACGCUGUCAAGCACACAAUUUGAUCCCGAAAAGCAGAAGUAAAUAACAAAAGAUGUCAGAUCUCCCAGUGAUCAUCGUUGGAGCUGGUGUAGUUGGCCUCGUUCUCGCUCAGUCUCUGAAGAUGGAUGGGAUACCAUUCAUAAUCUUUGAUAGAGAUGAGCACAUUGACGUCCGUGGUCAUGGAUGGGGAAUCACGAUCCACUGGGCGCUUGAAGCAUUGCAAGCCUGCCUUCCACCACCACUUUUCGAGCGCUUGGGAACCAUCCAAGUUGAUCCAGAACAAGGGCGAAAAGAUACCGGACAAUUUCUUUUCUUGAACCUGGCAAAUGCAGAAGCUGUCUUCCAAAUACCUCCGGCACCACGUCGUCGUAUCAAUCGAGAAAAGUUCAGGAAGCUCCUUCUUGAUGGGAUUGAUGUCCAAUGGAACAAGAAUAUUGCCAGCGUUGAGACUACGCCAUCAGGUGUACAAGUCACAUUCCAGGAUGGGACAAUAUCUGAAGGAAGACUUCUCGUUGGUGCUGAUGGAUCGACCUCGAAAGUACGGAGGACUCUCUGCCCAGAAACAGGAUCAUUGUGCCAGCUGCCUAUACGAUUCCUAGGUGCCACAGUCAAGCUAUCGCCAAGUGAAAUGUCGCCGCUCAGAGCUCUUGAUCCUCUGCUUUUCCAAGGUUGUCAUCCCGAAACAUCAACGUAUUUGUGGUUUGCAACGCUGGACACGCCUGAAGUCAACGGAUCUCAAGGAGACGACGAGUACUACUCUGCACAACUCAAUAUCUCCUGGCCUGUACGAAACCAAGCUGAUGAAGUCCCUGCCACAAAUUCCGAAAAGCUACAAAAGAUGAAAGAUUUGGCGCAUGACUUCGAGCCGAGACUGAAGAAAGCUGUGCAGAAUAUACCCGAGGGAACGGAGAUCUUGGAGAUCAAGUUAGCAGACUGGCCAUGUCUGGAAUGGCCUUUUGAUGGAAAAGUUACGCUUAUCGGAGAUGCUGCACAUGCUAUGACAAUGUAUCGAGGAGAAGCAGCAAAUCAUGGCAUCACAGAUGCUCGCUUUCUACAUGACCGACUGGUUGAGGUCUCGAAGGGUACUAUAUCUCAAGUUGAUGCGAUUGAGAAGUUUGAGACUGAGAUGAGGGAUCGGACUUCAUGGGCUGUUCUGAUGAGCAGGCAGGCUUGUCUUGAUGCUCAUGACUUUAAGAAUCUGAACGAGGGUAGCGCUAUCUUGGCUCGGCGGACGAAAUUGAAGUAGACAAACAAUAAAAUCAGACUCAU